AAUCCGACGUACUCUCAUCAUCUGAAACUUGAGGAGUAACUACUUCAACUCACUACUGCAACUCCCGUCAUCACUCAAACCCUCCCAAAAAUGGCUUCUCUUUCUUCAUCUGCAUCUCCAUCUCCAUUUGGUUCUCACGCCUUCGUCUUCCUCAACUUCCUUCUCCUCUGCUUCGUCGUUCAUCAAUCUCACUCCAUAACUCUUCUUUCUCCUCUUGACUCUUCUUCUUCAUCUCUUCCCGGCCGUUACUUCAAGUCCCUGCCUUCAUCUCUGCACCUGAACGAAUCGACCGAGUAUUACGAGAUCACGUUACCUCUCAAAACCGACAAAUUCUCCCCUUCCUGUUCUCUUCUCCUUCUUCAACAUGAUUUUGGCAACACUUACGGCCUCCCGCCGGCCACCGCCUCCUACUCUCCACCAUCCGAUUGCCCUGCUCCAUGGUCUCACGUUGUCCUCGAACUACAAGUUUCUUGCCAGGGAGAACAGUACGACCGCAUCGUCGGGGUUUGGCUCGAUGGGGUCGAGAUUCUACGGACAAGCACCGCCGAGCCUACCGAUUCUGGAAUUUUCUGGAAGGUCAGGAAGGAUGUCACCAAAUAUUCCUCUCUUCUCUCUCUCUCCAAUCUCACCCUCUCAGUCAUGCUCGAGAAUAUCAUCAACGAUGUCUUCACCGGUGUCUACCACGUCAACAUCUCUCUGCUUUAUUACGGGCAGAGCGGAGCUAGGGUUCACUCUGACUCACCAGAGCUGUUUUCGAACAGAAAAUUGGGGCCUUUAAUUGAAGAGGGAACAUUGGGGUUGCGAUCCGAAGCGAGGAAAUUGAUGUUUAUAUCUGGUGAACAUGAUGGUAGAAUUAGAAGUAGAACAGACUCAACAGAGGGCCAAAAGUUGGGGGUUUUAUCUCGAAAGCCUGCAGAUUUGAUAGUACCGAUAGCAAGCGAUGGCAGCGAUGGUUUCUGGUUUCGAAUUGAGAAUGAAUUCGAUGUUCACUUGAAACGGAUCCAGAUUCCUCCGAAUACUUACAGAGCUAUUUUGGAGAUUUACGUGUCAUUUCAUGGAAACGAUGAGUUCUGGUACUCAAACCCUCCCGACGCUUACAUCAAACUGAACAACUUGACAACAGGUCGGGGUAAUGGAGCUUUCCGGCAGGUUUUUGUGACGAUCGAUGGUGUUCUUGUUGGGUCACAGGCUCUUUUUCCUGUCAUAUUUACUGGAGGAAUCAAUCCAUUGUUCUGGGAACCGGUUGUGGCAAUUGGGGCUUUCAAUCUGCCUUCUUAUGACAUCGAUUUGACCCCAUUUCUUGGCCUGCUUUUGGAUGGAAAAGAUCAUUCUUUCGGUCUCGGAGUGUCGGAUGGAAUUUCAUUUUGGCUCGUGGAUGCGAAUUUGCACUUUUGGUUAGAUCCCAAGUUGUCUACUGUCCAGGCGAAAUCUGUUGUUUACCGGAUUCCUCCUCUUUCAGUGAAUCGAGAUUCAAAAUAUGACAAACUUGAUGGAACAUUCAAAGUGAAAGCAAAGACAGAGACACAUUGCUCCGGGUGGGUGAAAUCGACUGCCGGGAAUUUCACCACUCACGUAUUCCAAGAAUUCAAGUUCAAAAACUCCAUCAAGUACAAGAAAAAUGGAACGUACAAGGAGGUCGAACAGAAAAUUAAAAUGAAGACCGAUGUCAGAUUGGAGACUGAUGAACAGAGAUUGCUUAGUCGACUGGUCUAUAAAAGGACUUACCCUCUGAGGAUCAUCACUUCGACUAUUCCAGGAUUUGAUAUCAAUACAAAUUUACUGUUCACCAAUGUUACGAAUGGGUUUAAGGAGAAAUAUUCAAUGGCGGAUUACAUAACCUCUAUUUCAAAUACCCAACGCUCAGGUGGGUGGAUGUUGGUUCAUGACCACUCUGUACUCUCUGGUUCGGCAGAGACUCGUCAAACUCUCAGAUACAAAGAUGAUUUCACUUGUUACUCUCGAAAUGUGGCUUCAAACAAUGGGUCGGUCAUGGAAGACUAUACAACCAAUGCUUGUGAUCUGCUCUCGUAAGUCGUAACUCAGUACAGGAUCGGACUAUAAUCUUCAAGUUCAGGAAGUUCUAAAUAAGCUGUUGGUUUUAGCUCGUGAGUUUCUCUGCCUGUAAGUAUAGUUUCAUUUCAGCCUUUUCCGUCUUUGAGAACUCUAGAUUUCGUUAGAACGUUUAUGUGAAAUCAAUCCAGUGUCUUACCAAAAAAAACAGAAAUCAAUCCAGUGGAUGUUUAUCUUGUUCCUUA